CUUUUAUAUAAAUAAUUUACACUUCUGUUUUAAAUAGAUUUGUUUGUUUUAAAAUAAUAAUAAAUAUAAUUUAUCAUAACAGUUCCUAAUGCAAUAUUAUUGAAUGGCCAAAAAUGGAAAAGUUAAAUUUUAUUCGAACAAGAAUAAUAUUACAAAAUUAAUUCGACUAUCAUUUUUUAACAUUAAAUCAGCAAUUAUUAAAGACUAGUCACUUUUCACAUAACAUAAACUUAUAAUGUAUACACUAUAUGUAAAAAGAUAUAGCAACGAAACCUUAGGAAAAUCCGUUUGUAGUACGGUAAAGCUAAUCUUUUUUUGUCUCAUAAUAAUUUUAUUUUAUUUAUAAUAUAUGAUAACUUAUUAACUUAUAUUUUAAAUUUAAAUAAACAAAUUUAUUGCUUUGUUUAAAAUAAAAAAGAAUUGUUUCUUAAAAAUGAAAAAUUGCAACGAUGCGAGAAACUUAUUAUUUUGAAAUGGAAAAAACAAAUAUUUAAUUAUUAUUAUCGGAUAUCGAUUGUUGUCGAAAUCGUUUAAAUUACCGGAAGGGCUAAUAAUUACAUACGGAUGUGACUCACAUUCAAGUGAAUUAAACGUAAUCUGUUGAAAGAAAAAAAGUAUUAUUAAUUAAGAACGAAUCUCUGGGAUACAUAUUGAAUGUAACAAUCACAAAAUUACAUGAUCAAAUAAAACAGCUACAAAUAUGAAGAAAUUAAAUAUUCCUAUAUGUCUUCUGUUUCUCUUCAUAAUGUGGGGAACAACUAUUAGUAUAUAUUAUGACACUACAAUGAUCGACGAAAUGCGAAAUAAACUAUUACAAUUGGAGAAAACAGUGGAGAAAGAUCUAUUCCAUUCUAGACUAUAUCAGUUUGAAAAUAAUAAAGAAGGAAAGUAUCUAUGGCUUAUAAAAAAGUUCAAGAAAUUUGGUGAUGAAUUAGAGCGAAACAUUUCGAGCAAUAGUUAUGAGUAUUUGAAUGCAUUGAAUUCCAUUUGGUUAUGGGCUAGAACAGAAAACGAAUUACAAGGGAUUAACGGUUUGUACCGAGUUUUUCGGAUGAUGCAACAGGAGAUCAUUAAUGGAAAAGUUGCCCUUGAUAUACCAAAACUGGCUGAUUUCUUGGAUACAAUUCUGCAUGAUCCGAACGCGUCGAUCGUGAACGCUCUUUCUCGAAUCGGUGACCUGAUAGUGCACGAAAAAUUAUUCGUUUCGGUUUAUCAGGAAGCAUCUUCACAAAUCUGCAAUGAAAAUCAGUCGCUUCAACAAUUGCUGUACAAUUUAUAUACCACGAUAACAUUGGCAGAAAUUAAGGGUUACAGUAUGAUUCAGUUCUCUUAUAAGAUAUUACGACUUUACAAUCCAGGAACAAAUUUCACUGAUGAAAUGGAAAUAGUAAAAGAACAAUAUGAGACAAGAACGACAGAAACUUUGCGGGCUGUAAAAACGGCUAUGGCAUUUGCUCCACGACAAAUUUGGAAAUGUGAUGCGAGAAUACAUAAAUUAGAUGAAACAUAUACCAAAUUAACACAAUUAUUCCAAGGAUAUAUUGUAAAUGAAGUGGAUUUAAAUAAAGACUCGUCUUGUAGAGAAAAUUGUGCUUACUAUGAAUAUUCAAAAGUUUAUGGAUGUUAUAAAAAUCAGUUUUGUUCUCAACAACGUAAAUGUAAUGGUAGAAUAUUGAAAUGCGAAUAUAUUGAUUCUGAUAUGUGGAUUUGUCCUUCGCCUGAACAUAAUGAUCGAAGAUAUGAAUACAUAGAAUACGAAAACGGUCAGAUAUUUGGAGAAAAAAGCACUUGCAAUAAAGGUACAACCAAAGUUGAUAGCUGGUGGCGUUGGCUAUUUUGGCAUUGUAGCUACUGUUUUUGCUAUUGUGAUGACAAUAAUAUGAAUUCUGAUCGAUACUUCAGUUUAAGAAAAGUCGUAUCUGAUGUAGCGAAUAAUAAAGUAGUAACAGGUGUUCGAUUUAAAAAAGUCAAUCAAAUAAUACAUAUACAAAUACAGCAAGGUGAACUAAUGCCACGUGGGAAUAUUGAUAAAACCAGUGUACAAUGGAAAUCAAUUGAAGAAUUUAAUGUAUUAGAUAAUAAUAUCAAAAACGGUAUUGAUUAUCAUACUUUAUCAUGGGAAAAACGAGGCUUGGAUCUAGACGAUUUAGUCCUCGAUAAAAAUUAUCUUUUGACAGGUUUCAAAUUUCGAAUGGUUGGUUCACGAUUGAAUUUAGAAGUAAGAAUGACGCCUUUUAAUUUCACGACUGGAAAAUUAAUAGAACCAUUAAACAAUAGUUUUUGGUUCAGUCAUGAUCGAACCGAUAGAACUGAAUUAAAAUUUGAGAAUCCUAAUAUACCAACUCGAUUACCUCUUCUCGCAUUACCAGACUCAAAAACAGAACAAUAUUUGAAUUUUGCACCAAGUGAUCGUAAAACUGAUGCUGCACAAAAUACAAUACCAUUUCUCGAUGUUCAAUCGGUAGAAUCAAAUCCACCAAUUCCAAUCGCAGGUGCUGGUAUUUUUCAUAAAGGCAGAUUAGGAUCGGGUGGAUAUGUAGCAUUAAGAUUGAUUACAUAUGAUUUUAGUAAACAUUUACAAGUUGAUUUACCUGUUAAUGUAGAAACAGUUGUUGAUGCUCCAAAUGAAAUAAGAUCAGUAUGAAUAUAUUUACAUAUAUUAUUAAGAUAUAGUUCAUAUUUUUCAACAUAUAGUUCAAUAUUUUUUUCUGUUUUAUUUCUACUUUCAUAUUGUCUUUCAAUAUUUACUUUUAAUAAAUAUUUACUUUAAUAAUUA